CUUCUGCAAAAGGAAAAAAAAGGGUAGUAAAUUCCAAAAUCUAUGGCGACGGUCUCUUCACAAAUUCUUCUAUGUUGUUCAACUCCAAAAUCAAAAUUCCCGACAAUCAAUUCUUCCCCUUCUUGUUUCCUUACUCCAACGAAAGUUACCUAUAAACCCACCAAGCUGAUGACUUUUAACAGCAAAGGUAACUCCCGUUUCAUUACCAGAGCCGCUUCUUCCUUGGCCAAUGAAUUCACCGCCAACAUCGGCGAUGUGCUCGGCGACGUUAGCGUUUUCACUGCUGCGGGUCAACGCGUUUUCUUCAAAGACCUCUGGGACCAGAAAGAGGGAAUUGCGGUUGUUGCACUUUUGAGACAUUUCGGAUGCUUUUGCAGUUGGGAACUUGCUUCAACUCUGAGAGAAGCAAUGCCAAAAUUCGACUCAGCUGGUGUGAAACUAAUAGCAGUUGGUGUUGGUACUCCUGAUAAAGCUCGUAUCCUGGCAGAGCGGCUACCAUUUCCAAUGGACUACCUUUAUGCUGAUCCAGACCGUAAGGCAUAUGAUGUUUUAGGCUUAUACUAUGGUCUUGGGCGCACAUUCUUCAAUCCAGCGAGCGCAAAGUUGCUUUCAAGACUAGACAAAUUGCAGAAGGCUAUGGAAAACUAUACAAUGCAAGCCACUCCAGAUAAUAAAAGCAGUGUAUUACAACAGGGAGGGAUGUUUGUCUUCAAAGGAAAAGAAUUGCUGUAUGCACGAAAAGAUGAAGGGACGGGUGACCAUGCUCCUUUAGAUGACAUCUUUGACGUCUGCUGCAAUGGCCAGUCGCAUGAAGUCCUUCUGUAGUGUAGUAUCCAGUCAGUGAACACAAGCCUGCUUCAACUGUCAGCGUCUGCAGCAAAGUUCUGGUUGCAAUUUGGCAGCAAAAUAUUGCCUUAAAUAAUGUUUAAAAUCUAAUCAUUUGGUAUCUGAACUGGUUAGAUGAAUGCACUCUAAAUUAUGAACACUUAAUCAAAUAUAGAAAUAUAAAAGAUUUGUACUUAACAGUUAUUGAUUCUUGUAAUCUUUGAAAGAUGAUCAAUAAUUAAUUCACAAAUCCUCUCUUCAUCACCAAAAAAGAAAAAGGGAAAAAAUCUUUGUUGAAUUUUGGUGUGAUGAUCAGAUUGGGAUUUCAUUUGCUUA